CUGGCGGCGGGCCCGGGCGGGGCCGGGGGCCGGGGCGGGCCCGCCAUGCGCUACAACGAGCGGGAGCUGCUGUCCCUGGCCCGCCAGCCCGCCGAGAAAGCGGCCGAGAUCCGCAUGAGCGUCCCCAAGAAGGGCAGCGUGCUGAAGAAGCGCCUGGUGAAGCUCGUGGUGAACUUUCUCUUCUAUUUCCGCACUGAUGAGGCUGAGCCCAUUGGAGCUCUGCUGCUGGAGCACUGCAAGAUCACCAAAGAGGAGGAGAACGUCUUCUCCAUCAGUUUCAUCGAGGAGCCAGAGAGGAAAUACUGCUUUGAGUGUGCCACGGAGGAGCAGUGCCAGGAGUGGGUUGAGGCACUCAAGAGAGCCAGCUACGAGUUCCUGAGGAGGAGCCUGAUUUUCUACCGGAACGAGAUCCAGAAGAUGACAGGGAAGGACCCCCUGGAGCAGUAUGGAAUCUCCGAGGAAGCUCGUUUCCAGCUGGGAGCACACAGGCAGUGACCCCCUCACCUGGCUGGAGCUGGCUCCUGGCUCCACCCCAGUCCCCUGGGAAGGACAGCAGCUCCCACAGUGACCACGUGACUUUUUUAUUUAUUACCCAAAUAGUUUUGUAUUUUUUUUUUAAGGGAAUUCGUUGCACAUUCCCAGAUCCCCAGCUGGGGAGGCUGAGCUGCUCCGUGGAUGCUGCAGUGGGAGCAGAGCUCCCCAGCCCUGGGAUGAGCAGAGGCAGGGACUGACACAGCUCCCAGCCCCUGCUCUCCUCCAGGACACUCUGGGGCCACCUGAGCCAGCUCCAGCCCUUCUACUCUGUCCUGAGGGGGCUGCUCGGCUUCCCUGGCUCAGGAUCCUCCUGCAGCCUCCCCAGAGCCAUGGGCUCAUCCCUGGCUGUAAGAGCAUGGUGUGACUGAUGCAUUUCUGGGCUCCAGGGUUAACCCCCUCCUGCCUCUCCAGGGAGGAACUGGAAUUCCUCCAGCUCAGCCACAUCUCCAGCUGAUGGAGAGGAGCAUCUGCUCCCCUCUGCCAGGGCAGCAGCCCUGUGCAGCCACGGCCUUUUGGGAUCUUCUUUUCCCUCCCCUGGGCAGGUGCUGUAAUUGCUGGGGGCUGGAUGAGCCCAUCCAAAAGAACAAAGCUGCAGAACACGAGGGAACAAAGACAGGGAGAGAUCCCUGUGCAAUCCUGCCUGUCUGCAGAGCUCUGCAGUGAUCCAGCUUCCCAGGGAGGAGAGGCAGAUGGAGAAGCUGGCAAAGGCCGGAGCUGCUCCCUUUGGCUGGAGGAUGGAGCUGCAGGACGUGCACCAGCUCAGCCAGGCAUUAACCCUUCAUUCCCUGAGCCACUGCUGCAGCUUUCCUCCCCUCUGUGUGUCCCCUUUGUCCAAAGGGACAGACCAAAAAACUGCCAAGGUCACAGAGAGCUGCCAGGGAACCAGGGCUGCCUGUCCUGGAGCUCGUGCAGGGAACAGAUAAGGAUUAGGAACAUCCCCACAGGAUCAGCCCUGGCUCUGGCUGCACCGAGGAAAACUGCCCAAAAAUGAGGAAUGGAGGACACUCCCCACACCCAGGGCUGCAGCAGACCCAGAUUCUUGACUAUCAGAGCAGAUUCCCUGGAAGCAGCCUGGGAAAACCCCCAGGAAAGGCCUCUGGGAAGGUCCCAGGUGUCCCUGUCCUGUUGCUGGCAGCAGGAAAGGGGCUGGGGCAGAGUGGGGGCUUGGCCUUUGGGAGCUGCAGUUCUGGGUGUGUUUCCCCUCCAGCUGCCCAGCCCAGGGAGGAGGUGGAGCAGCCUCUGAGCUGGGAUUGAAGGGAAUUUUGGGGUCUUUUCCUCCUUGGCUGGAAAUUAAUGCCCAAAGCAGAGUCCACACUGCAGCCUUUGGUACCGUGGUGUUCUGAGUACCAGGAGUGAUGCCUCUCACUGAAGCUUUAAUGUGAAAGCUGAGAUUUUUUUCCCUCCUCAGAUAUUCCCUUUCCCUUGAAUCAUUCCAGGUGCUUGCUCCAGAAAUGACCAAAAUCAGCAGAGGGCCAGCUGCCCUAGGGCAUCAGCUGAGGGCAGCAGGGAGGGAGCAGAAUCCAGGGGGGGGCUGCAGACAGAUGGCAGCUCCAGGGGAAGCAGCAGCAAGGGAUUAAAAGCAGGAACACACAGGAGCUGUGCUUUAGGGAAUCAGUAUCCUUGGAUGACUCCAAAGUGCAUUUUAAUCCUGCCCAGCCUGCAUUUUUACAAACCAGAGCUGAGUUCUCAGCUGGGCCUGCCACUACUGUAGCAAAGGUGUCACCUGUGCCUUGCAGGACUUGGUGGCCUCACUGGACACCUUUCCCCAGGUGGAGCUGCCAACCUCCAGUGUCACUGUGCAGAAAAUGGGUGUUUUGUAUUUGCUGUGCCAGGGAACAGUUGGGUGAGCAAGAGCAAAACCCAACACUGAUUUAAAUGUUCAUCACCAAUGACAUUUCUUAACUGAAUGUACAACAAAAGCUGUGAAGAGUUGCCAGGGCCAGGCCAGGCCCAGGGACUCAGAUCCAUUGUAGGGCUGGGACACGGGGUGGGAUUUAGGGAGGGAGGAUGGUACUUUGUAGACACUUUGAAAUCUGCAUCAGCUGCUGCUGAUAAACAGACAAUUGCUCAUUUUUCACACUCUGAGGACUUUGCUUGUUGUGUUUCAGCUGGAGCUGCUCUCCCUGAGAGCCAGCUGAAGCCAUUUCUCUGUUGUACAGUGAACAUUCCCAAUAAAUCCUGUUUUAAUCUUG